AUGACUGCAAUGCGAGGCCCGCGUCUCCAGGUUGGGUCUGCGGCCUGGAUCGGCGAAGAACGGGCGUCUGCACUGGAGCUUGUGCAAUCUGAAGUCGAGGAAUUCUCCUACUCUGCUCACAAUGAGAUUGAAUGGCUCAACGAGCACAUGGCCGCAAUUUUGAACGAGAACGAAGUUAAUAUCACGGAAGCGUUCAAAACUCCAGGAAAGCUUAGGGGCAAAACCCCCCAUACGGCUCGAAAGGUUAAUGCGACAGAAUCCCGAGUGCCUCUAUCCGACGUCUUCGCAGCGGCAUCACCAGCCAUCCCGAAAAAUCAAAACCCAUCUCAAACCAGCCGGAUUCAUCCUGCACCCCAACUUCACCAAGUCGCGUCGAAGACGGUACCGAUAUCCAAAGCUGCCUCCCCACAACGACAUGUAUUCUCUCCCCAACGACCACCCCCUACCCGAGGCAUGCAGGACUCUGGUUAUUAUGGGAGCCAGGACUUUGCUGCCACGGAUCCAAGUGACGACGCCGAGCCUGAGGAAUCCGAGGAACUCGACGAACCCGAAGACAUUGCAAGUCCCUAUAGCGAUAUUGUAUUGCCGCCUGGUGGAUCUUCAAUAAGACGAAGCCCAGCUCGAAAGCCAGUUUCAAUAUCACCUACAAAAUCUUUCCAAACAACAAGAGAGGAUAUACCAGCGCGCGCUCUGCCAAAUGUACCAUCCAAGGCUACUCAAGACGAGCCAGAGUCAUCAUCCAAAGAGUCAGAUGUGGAUAAUCCGUACUUUGAGGCGCCUGUUACGUCGCCCAGAAAGCUUCCCAUGCCCCCUAAGCAGUCUGAUGAAACAUCGGAGGAUGACCAUUCCGCAUCUGAAGGGUCAAGCCCAAUCAGGCCUGUUGUUCGAAAAAGUAGCUUAAACUUUGCUUCUUUACCAGCAAGAGAGCCACUUAACUCGGGCAAGAGUUUGGGAGCGAGACAAUCUCGGAACAGUCAUUUCGAUACUGGCAAUAAUAGCAGAACAAGCUACUACCAAAGACAAACUGGCGGCAAAAGCCUCGGAAAUCUCGCCAAGCGCGAUUUGGAUGAAGUCGAGAAUCCUGGUGGCAUGGAGGUGGACGGUAGAGACCUCCCACCUCUCCCCGAUGCUUCUGAAGUAGAAAAAUCAGGCAUGAAUCACACAAAGACAUAUACGCAGAGAUUACAAGAUCAAAUCAGCAUGUUAGGUAAACCUCAAGGCAGCUUUGGACAAACUAAGCAGACACCAAAUGCGUCGGUAGCGCAGCAAAACGCUACCCAAAUACAAUCCGUUGCAAGCCCAAAGCAGACAUCUCCUGAGAAAGAGCCGAUCUCCACGACGCCACGAGCUUCUCCCGAAGACGAUGAUGACGAUUGGAUCGGGCCGCCGACCGCGGUCAAGGACAAUACGGACAUAAGGCCGCUGUUGGCCAAAAGCCAUACAGCUGACAUUAUGGAAGGCCUCCUAGACAAGGCUGAUGACGACUCGCUCCAAGCUAACGAACCAACACCACACGGCUUCUUUCACCACUCAAAGACAAUGUCUUUCUCAAAUGCACCUACUGCUUCGGCUGCCCUCAUGCGAGAAACCGUGCCCCUUUCCAAGGCGAUUUCAACUUCCAGCUUAGUAGCAUCGCAAGAUGAUAUGGCUGAGACACCCUCCAAAUCACUCCCGCGAAACUUCCGAGAUAGUCCUUUGAAGCAGGUCAAGAAUAAGCUUUCGUCUAUCUUGAAGGGCUCUCGCGGCCUUCUUGCUAGCAAUGCGGAAGGAAAGUCCUUGACGUCGCCUUCUGUUACCCGCUUGGCCCUCCAUGCUGGGCAAUCUUCCGAAUCGCUUUUCAUGAGGCCCCAGGAUCUCGAAUCUCAAUCAACUGAAUCUGCGAGCCCAACGAAACCGAUUGCGCGCCGUACAAGGGCUUCUACGGAACGUGAGAAGGAACAAAAACGUCGCGAGAACGAAGUUAAGCGUAUGGAAGAGCAGAUGGAUAAGCUUGAUAAGGCACGCGAAAAAGAGCGUGAAAAGGCUCGAGCAUUUACCCAAGAGCAAGAGAAGGUUGCUACCAUGGAAAAAGAAACUGCUUUCAAGAAACAAGACGAGCGCGUGGCGAUCAAGGCAACUCCUAACCCAGUAAAGAGAAGCCAAUCCAGCCCUCGCAAGAUGAGAGCGGGAGAGGAACCUGAAUGGAGACAGGCCGAUCGAGAUACAGACAUGUCUGACGCUCAACCUCCCAUGCCCCCGCCGUCCUCUACCAAACCUACUCUUCCCGGCCAAGCAGCACGUGGCAAGGAUAACAAGCGACCAGUCAAACCAACUAAAGAUUUGACUGCAAAGACGAAAGUCCCCCCAACUGUUAUUAGGGUUAAUACCGGCUCACAGCACUCACAAUAUGCCCCUGCUGGGAGCCGAGUAUCUACCGCGUCUCACGAUACCUUGAAUUCAAAUCAUUCAACCGCGUCGUCGAAGACCAGCAAGUCAUCUUACCAAACCAAAUCUGCGACCCAAACCUUCAAAGCACCCGCCUCUGCCGGCCGAUCCAAAGCCGCGGAAUUAGCCGCUAGAAAAAGGGAACAAGAUGAAAAAGAGUCUCAAAGACGGCGCGAUGCUAAGGCUGAAAUGGAGAGGAAGAGAAUUGCAGCCCAAGAGGAGCAACGAAAACAGGAUCAACAGCGGCGACUCGAACUGGAGCGACAAAGGCAACAAGACGAAGAGAAGAAGUCUGUUCAACGGCAGGCCGCCAUUGAAAAGGCUAAGCAGACAAGAGCACCACCCCCGGCCCCACGAUCGCAGCCAAACGGCCCACCCGAUACCACCUUGGGUCAACAAAAGUCGGCAUCCUCUAAAGCUGAGGGCCAGCCUGCUCGGCCACCUUCACGACUGGCUGGCAUGCGGGAUGACUCUAGCAGGCCAUUCAAUUCCAUGCUUUCCAAGGCAGGCGCCAAACGCACUCUAGGGGCAGAGACGAGUGACAACAACAACUAUUCUAGGCCCCCUCCCUCGCGAGGCGGACCGGCCUACCAGACUAAGGAUUCUAAGAGACGCCGAACUAGCGAACACGAAGAUGAUGAGCUGGGUUCGGAAAACCCUCCCAACAUUAAAGGUCCGCCAGUGAGGCCGUCAACAGGAUUUAAAAAGGAUCUACCAUCGAAGUCUGCCUUCCAAAAUGGAUAUGGAGCUGCACCACAAAGUGCCACCCGAGAUCUAUUCAAGGCUGCCGUCACAGCUCAGCACAAUGGUCACAUGAAGGCCGCCCAUCCUCUGGAUAUGGCGCAGAUCUCAAAGGGCCCGAUCCCCUUUGCGCCCAGCUCGAAUGCCGCUGCUGGGUCUUCAUUCAAAACUCCUGCUCGGCCUGGACAGCUCGUUAACCCCAAGUCGAGCGUGAAGAGGCCUUCACCACGGCCCCAGACCGGCGACUCUAUUGAGCUUCCCGAAAUUCAGACAGAUGACGAAGAUGACGAUGACGAACCUCAUGGAAUGAAUGUAGCUGCUUGGGCUGAUUCGCCUGAUUUGCGUCAAGCUCUCAUGAGGCAAGAGACGAUGGACCCAUCUCAAAUCUUUGGUCCGCCAGCGCCCUUGAUCAUGGAAGAGGUCUUCAGCAAGAGUAAAGACAAGUGGCACAAGUUCCGCCAAAGGACUUCCAGUGCCAACUGGAGCGGUCUGGAUCGUCUGACUGAGGACGAUAUUAGAAAGGACAUGGUGGCUCGAAACAAGCUGCGGCGAGAUGGAGGAUGGUCUUAUGAGAUGAGCAAGGAUAUGCUAUAA